AUAGACACUUACUGAGCGCGGAUUUGUAAACGCUCCCUUCAAUCGUUUAAUGGCCAAGUAAGUUCCUGUUGAUCCUUCGUUUUCGGACAGGAGUCUACAGAUUUUUUAAUUUAAAUAUCUCUUGUCGAUGUGAUGUCGUAAAUUUUGAGUAAGGUUUAUCCCUGUGGAUUAUAUAGCACUGUGUUUGCCCAGCGGUUUGCCAGUUUAUAGCUGUGUGCGAGGCGGCCUGUUAUCACUAUAAACUUGUGCUGGUUGUGGUACACACUGUGUACGGCCAUACCUGGGAACUUCUUUGUGAGUACCUGUAACACCAAAACGACGAGCUGUAUAGGAUACCUUCUCUCUGUCUUAAUGGUGUGUUAAAGGACUAUCUCAAGCGAAAAAACAGUGUUUAGUGCUACAAAGACGAGGAGAAGUUAAUACACUGGAGACCAUACAGACUGUCUCUAUAUGAUGGGACCAUCGCCAGGCAUGAAAAGCGGAGAAAUGAUGGACUCGAGGUUACCACAAGGCCGUGACUGGGGGACAAAGGACCAGUGAGCUCUAACACCCGGGCUAACGUACCCCGUCAGCACUCGUCCGUACCACUAUCAAAUAUCGUCGGUAAGAGGGCUGUAAUGAUAGCUUGUCAGUCGCAGCCGUCAUACCACGCCACAGUCUAUCCACCCGGUGUACACACACUUGUAUACAUGUGAACUGUCGGCUUUGUCAAGAAAGUGAACAUUUUUCUACCUGGAUGAAUGAUUACCUAUAGGUCAUAUGCAGUCAUUAUGCCUCGAUUGAAAAAAAGCGAAUAAGAGAAAAUAAACAUAAUUGGAUUUUUUAAAUGUUCUUUCAUCCGCGUGUUUGUAGAGAUUUUCAAUCGUCUAAUGCUAUCGUAUAGUGUUGAACUUAUUCCCUGCCAGAAUAUAAGUCGUGUCAGUGUGUUUGACUUGAUUUAUCCCGAGCAUACGAGUGUCUCACACCCAACUGGCCAAGAGAGCAAUUUAGCUGGAUAAUAUUUUUGACUGGAGAGAUAAUUAUAGGUUUGUGAACGAUCGACCGUUAUUGACAAUGAGGCCUAUGUAGACCCAUCAGAACGCGGUAUUUCUUCAGUGUUUGGCGAACCAUCGAGGUCUUCAAAUCGCAAAUAUACAGCCAAGCAACACAGGAAAAGCCAAUGGAGUAAAGAGAAAGUUUUCCUAACACAUCCUGUUGCUACGAACCUGAGACAAGGUCAUUAUACACACUGAACGAUAGUGAGGGAUAGCUAAGACUUUGUUUAAAAGAAACUUUGACAUCCAAAGGUAGAGAGUGGGGUUGUGUUAAAAAUCGCCGAGAUUAUCGAAGUGUGUAACAUAGGUCGCCAUCCUGGCAGUGUGCAGCCAGACGUUGAUGCUCGGUAUGUAAACAGUGUAUGUGAAGCGCUGCUGAUAGCGAAGUAUACCCAGUACGUACCCGAUCACUCGGAAUAAUGACGGGUCGUCCGUGGCUUACCUGUCAACCUUCAUAACGUUUAAAUGAAUAUUGUUCUUGCCGCGACAAACCCCAUCUCACGGUCAAUUACUCGGGAACAACGCAGCCAUUUUAGGCCGCUUACACCGUUCAGGAAUCAAACUGUCGGAGACCUAUACGGUAAUUCGAUGGCGGAACAAAUGAUUAGUUGGUGAACAAUUGUAAUUCUGAGCUAUACGACUCCUUCGAUAGUUUCUGUUGGUGUUCAACAGACCUGGAUUAAAACUAAGACGUUUAGUAGAUAGCUGACAGUGUCUAACAGUAAUGGUGUAGGUGUCCAGUCAGUCACAUAUCGCAAACAUGUUUAGACUGUGACACCAGUUAUGUCUGACAGCAUGUUUGAGUAUCGGGAGAUUCGGGAACCUCCUCGAACUAACUGUAGCCAACUUCCCGACUCAUGGCACUUCAAAGGACACGUACAUACGGCUUCUCUGGCUGUGUGUACCGUGCUCAUCAUAUUCGUACUUGUACUGGGCUGUGUGGGCAACGGAAUUGUUCUCCUAUCUGCUCUUAAAUGGAAGAAGCUGCGAACAAACUUCGAUGUGUUGGUGCUAAACUUAGCAGGGGCAGACUUCCUUACAUGUACGUGUUUGGCCCCUAUAUUUAUGUUCCUCUUGUAUUCGGACCCUCCGACUCCUGUAACGUUUUGUGGGAGUAUCCUGUUCAUGGGGACGGUCAGUGGAAUGCUAUCGCUGUUGACCUUGGUUGCUAUUGCCCUCCAUCGCCUGUCCCGUGUGAUCGGACGGGCCAGGGGCUCAUUAACAUUAAAACGUACUGGGGUAAUUUUAGGGAUGAUCUGGAUUGUGAGCCUGUCGGUUUCCUUAGGCGGGACGCUUCACGUGACGUUGGACUGGAAUGGACAAUUGGGAACGUGCCAACCUAUUAUCAACAGUCCCAAUCGCUUUCAGCAAAAUUUCGUCUUAUUCUUCUUAGCACCUGUGACAAUAGUGAGUUUCGUAGUGAUCACUUUGUCUUAUUCUGUGAUUUGCUGGACAGUUCAGAAACAGGGGAGGUUGAUUCCAGAGAGCGGAUCGUCCCCGAAAUUCCCCGGAGAUAGUCACGACAGCCAAACUUCGGAAUUCCUCCGGGACAGUCCACAAAAGGGCUGUAGUCCUGUGACCCGCAAUUGUUGUACGUGUUCCAGCCAAAGCUUUGUGAACAAGGACAACAAAGCAUUGACAAUGUGUCUGGUAGUCAUUUUUACAAUGGGACUCUGCUGGGGACCUUUAAUUAUUUCGCAGUUUAUCGAAAUCAUCACAGGAGAAUCCAUUAUUCUUUAUCAAGUGAAAUUAUGUGGAAUAGCUUUAGUGUUUCUUAAUAGUGCUCUUGACCCUUAUAUAUACGCCCAGCAUAUUGGUCAAAUGAAACACAGGUACAGUAGAUGUUUUAAUAGUCUAGUCACAUGCAAAUCAGUCAGUCAGCGAGUUGUGUCAAGACUACCUCGCGGUAGUCAAUUAGGAGUGGACGUAUCCGCCAACAAACGGACUAAGUCCAUUCGGGGUGGUGGGGGGUCCACCGACAAUACAAAGACAGCCGCAUUAGUACCUAGUAGUAACAUUAAAAAACUGAUAGAGAAAUGUGUGUCGCCCUCCACUACCACAGUUAACCAGGCCAGUGUUUACAGACACAACCUGCUCCUCCACACCAACUCAUGCAAACACCACACAAUCUCCCCCCGGAUUGCCGACUGCAGUACGUACGUAGUGGAGGAGGGGUCAAGAGGGGUCAUCAACGGCUCCUGUAGCCAAACGACAUCAAAGGAAAACCAAUGCUUAAUGGAGUAACGCACCAUUAUUAUGACGUAUAUUGUGACAUGCGCAGUGGAAUAUCCUGGAUCAUGACAGGAAGUGCCUAUCACAGUAUAUAAUUCUAGUAACAUAUUUCAUUAUGAAUUAGUCUUGUAAAUGUUUAUGAAAUCUUAUAAAACUAUUUUAACGCAAGUUAAUAUAUACAAUUUUAUGCUUACUAAAAUGUGCAUUAAUGGUUGUAUAAUAUGUUUUUGGAACUUUAUCGAUACAUAUAUCUUUACAGUGGAAUCACACAGAUAGUGAUAGUGUGUGUUGACAGGCUAUAUAUACCAUUAAUUUGGAUUAUAUGCAAUACUUAUGCGAGUGUGCCUUGGCAGUAUAGUUGAGAUGGUCGUUAGCUGGUUAAGAAUACAUCAGAAUAAACACUGUAUUUCUACCAUGUUCAAUAAUAGGACAGUUAAAAUGUAUGUGCUACACCUCGUGCCAGUUAAAACAGCACCAGGAAACGUAUCCAAUACAAAAUUCUCGAAUCCGUAAUUGGGUUACAGUAAAACCAUAUUUUAAUUUACGACACUCGGGUGUGUACCUGUAGUUUUUAGUGGUCCAUCAUAUAGACAGUUCAUUCCCACAAAGGUAGUUUAAAUGCAGCUACUUUCGGCAUGUUCGUUUGGGGUUUUAAAUGCCUAGAAAGUGUCCCGACUAUAUAACGCUGGGUACAGGCGUGAACUGUGCACAUUGGUAUAAAGACGCCCUUGGGCAGUGUAAUUCACCAUGCAUGCUAUUAAGGUUCUUUAAAAAUCGUUUAUUUUGAUAUUGAAUGAUUCAACAAUUGGAUAUGUUGAAUGUUUUAUUUUCGAAACCGAUAUGUCGCCUUCAAACAUAUGCAGCUAUAUGUGUAAUUUGGGGAUCAUUUCGUAACUAAAGCAAUUAAUGAAAAAAUGAUGUCUGGAAAUUUAAUUUUGAGUGUUCUGUGUUUAGUUUAUCUGUUUCCCCCUUUUUCAAAAACGGACGUCACAGCAAAGUACAUAUACUAGUAACACUAAAUUCCCUUAAAAUAGACGUCAUAGCAAAGGUACAUAUACUUGUAUAAGUAAAAAUAAAUUCCCUUAAACUGGACGUCACAAUAAAGAUACAUAUACUAAUUACACAUUCUAAAUUCCCUAAAAUUGACACCAAAUGGAAAUAUAUUUUCUGUCAGAAUGGCUCUUUAAUGAACCCGUUCUGUCUCGCGUUUUUCGCACAGAAAGGUAUAGACUGCACGUGUCUCUGCAUUAAUUAACGUCAGUGAUAGGCAGCCAAUAUUUGUGUAGUAUUAAGGUGUCCUGGGUAUAGCCGGCCAAUAUUUGGGUAGCACUAAGUAGUCCUGGAUAUGACCCUCCAUUCAACGCCCCCUCCACACUUUAGUACCAAACUUUAAUGUCGCUGUUUGUCUUUAAGAUGAGUACACGAAUAAUGAUAAGUCAAACAAAAAUGUUAUGGUUGGUCGCGUCGAACUUAGUGUACUUUAGAGAGAUUCCUCGGGGCUUAAUCAGCUAUGGAACCCACUGUAGUAUGAAAAUGGGUGAUACUGAUGAAGUGUGGCAUUGAAUGAUGAAGAAAUAUGUCAUGAGAUGUUGAUGAAAUGUGACAUGGGAUGAUGAAGUGUGACAUCGGAUGAUGAAGUGUGUCAUGGGAUGAUGAAGUGUGGCAUGGGAUGAUGAUAAGUGUGACAAGGGAUGUGAUGAAGUGAGACAUGGGAUGUGAUGAAGAGUGACACGGGAUGUUGAUGAAGUGUGUCAUGGGAUGAUGAUGAAGUGUGACACGGGAUGAUGAUGAAGUGUGGCAAGGGAUGUUGAUGAAGUGUGGCAUGGGAUGUUGAUGAAGUGUGUCAUGGGAUGAUGAUGAAGUGUGACAUGGGAUGAUGAAGUGUGUCAUGGGAUGUGAUGAAGUGUGACAUGGGAUGAUGAUGAAGUGUGGCAAGGGAUGUUGAUGAAGUGUGACAUGGGAUGUGAUGAAGUGUGACAUGGGAUGUUGAUGAAGUGUGUCAUGGGAUGAUGAUGAAGUGUGACAUGGGAUGAUGAAGUGUGUCAUGGGAUGUGAUGAAGUGUGACAUGGGAUGAUGAAGUGUGACAUCGGAUGAUGAAGUGUGUCAUGGGAUGAUGAUGAAGUGUGUCAUGGGAUGAUGAUGAAGUGUAACAUGGGAUGAUGAAGUGUGUCAUGGGAUGCGAUGAAGUGUGACAUGGGAUGUUGAUGAAGUGUGUCAUGGGAUGAUGAUGAAGUGUGACAUGGGAUGAUGAAGUGUGUCAUGGGAUGUGAUGAAGUGUGACAUGGGAUGAUGAAGUGUGACAUUGGAUGAUGAAGUGUGUCAUGGGAUGAUGAUGAAGUGUGACAUGGGAUGAUGAAGUGUGACAUCGGAUGAUGAAGUGUGUCACGGGAUGAUGAUGAAGUGUGACAUGGGAUGAUGAAGUGUGACAUCGGAUGAUGAAGUGUGUCAUGGGAUGAUGAUGAAGUGUGACAUGGGAUGAUGAAGUGUGACAUCGGAUGAUGAAGUGUGUCAUGGGAUGAUGAUGAAGUGUGACAUGGGAUGAUGAAGUGUGACAUCGGAUGAUGAAGUGUGUCAUGGGAUGAUGAUGAAGUGUGACAUGGGAUGAUGAAGUGUGACAUCGGAUGAUGAAGUGUGGCAUGGGAUGAUGAUGAAGUGUGACAUGGGAUGAUGAUGAGUGUGACAAGGGAUGAUGAAGUGUGACACGGGAUGUGAUGAAGUGUGACAUGGGAUGAUGAAGUGUGUCAUGGGAUGAUGAAGUGUGACAUCGGAUGAUGAAGUGUGUCAUGGGAUGAUGAUGAAGAGUGACACGGGAUGUGAUGAAGUGUGACAUGGGAUGAUGAAGUGUGUCAUGGGAUAAUGAUAAGUGUGACAAGGGGUGUGAUGAAGAGUGACAUGGGAUGUGAUGAAGUGUGACACGGGAUGUGAUGAAGUGUGACAUGGGAUGUUGAUGAAGUAUGCCAUGGGAUGAUGAAGUGUGUCAUGGGAUGAUGAUAAGUGUGACAAGGGAUGUGAUGAAGAGUGACAUGGGAUGUGAUGAAGUGUGACACGGGAUGUGAUGAAGAGUGACAUGGGAUGUGAUGAAGAGUGACAUUGGAUGUGAUGAAGUGUGACAUGGGAUGAUGAUGAAGUGUGGCAUGGGAUGAUGAUGAAGUGUGACAUGGGAUGAUGAUGAUGAAGUGUGACACGGGAUGUGAUGAAGUGUGACACGGGAUGUGAUGAAGUGUGACACGGGAUGUGAUGAAGUGUGACACGGGAUGUGAUGAAGUGUGACAUGGGAUGAUUAAGUAUGCCAUGGGGUGAUGAAGUGUGUCAUGGGAUGUGAUGAAGUGUGACACGGGAUGUGAUGAAGUAUGCCAUGUGAUGAUGAUGAAGUGUGACACGGGAUGUGAUGAAGUAUGCCAUGUGAUGAUGAUGAAGUGUGACAUGGGAUGAUGAUGAAGUGUGACACAGGAUGAUGAUGAAGUGUGACAUGGGAUGACGAUGAAGUGUGACAUGGGAUGUGAUGAAGUGUGACACGGGAUGUGACAUCAGUGUGACGAUAAGAUUUAAUCGUCCAGUGAAAACCCGUGAAUGUAAGUUACGUCGUGAUUUAAGAAGUGUGUAUGCGUGUGAUAUCGGGGAUUAUUAAUAGCAUAUCGUUUGAGAUGUCUAAAAGCCAUGAGAAACGACAAUAAAAAACUGAUUAAACAAAUCAGAUGUGACAAAAAUAUUGUAAGACAUGCGUGGAAAGAGAGAGAAGAAAUUUUGAAAUACAUGCUUUGAUUAUUUACAGAGAAUUUGGUGCAAGUAAAUGUUGUGUAAUAGAUAUUUUGUGUUCAUUUUAUAAGAUAAAAAAUAAAUCUUGAUAAUACAUAAAUCAG